AUGAACACUGUCUGUCCCAAAGCUAAAGAAUUAGACAGUAAAGGUGAAACUACCUUGUUCCAAACCAAUCUUGAAAAGUCAAACGUGACAGUCCCAAAAAUGAUAAAGUGGAGUGAUAUAACUCUGCUAGAAAAAUGGAUCUUGGAUGAAGUAGCUCCAAAAAGGCCCCUUGAAAAUCAAGAGCCUACAUGGAUCGCGCAAUUUACUGAUGGAGAGGUAGAAAUACAAUUUUCUAGUGCUAGAAGAACUAGGAUUGAUUUGGCGCCCUCUAGAUCUAACAUAGAACCACACAGAUCAAGCACCUCCUCUGAUAGAGCUUAUGACCUAGAACAUGAAAGAAUGGUUCUAGCAGGACGUAGGAGAACUCAAGAACAAAUACAGAGGCCAACCUAUAGGUUUGAACAAACCCUUCCAGACUUAGAUUGGUGUGCUAAAAAGUAUGACAUCCCUGAAUAUAGGAAAAAUAUAGAAAUGAUAGGAAGCCCCUUCUCGACUUAUACUUCCAAAGAUGGGAAGUCAGUCAAAGCCAUACAUCCACCCAAAAUGGUGAUUAAACAAAAGGAUGUAAUUGCAACUCCCUACAAAGAAACCACUUUCCUUGAAGAUAGUGCCAAUAAUUUUCGCACAGCUAGUAAAGAAGAUGUCGGUGGUGUCAUUCAACAGAAUAACUACACCAACCUGUUUCUACAAUCUUUAGGAAAGCAAGUUACCAGGAUUGAAACAUCUGUUUCAACAAAGGAACAGAAAUCCGAACUAGGACCCUCAGAAACCAAAAGGAAUAGGGAAGUGAGUCAAGCGUUCUUUAAACCGCCUCCUGCCUUAGACAAUAAAAACUUUAAGAUGGGAAUGACCUUAUCUGAAGAUGAAAACUUUGUUGACGUCUUGGCCAAAAAAUUAUCAGGAUUAAAUUUGUCAGAUAAAGGAAAGGGUCCUCAAGUGUCGGUUCUCACUGAAAGGGAAAUAGAUAACUUGGAAACAAUGUUUAAGGAAGAACAACCUGAAAUUAAUAGGUUAAUGACUGAAAAGAGGUUUACUCAAACUGCUAAGACUAAAAACUACUACCCUAGACCCACACCAGUUGAUUUACAGUUUGAGGAAGACGGAAUGUGGAAUUCCGCUCAAUAUGACGGAAGCUCUAUAGUUGAAUGGAAUAUUAAUGGUUUUGUCGGUCAGUUGAAAGGAUGGUGGGAUUUCCACCUGAGCGAUUCGGCUAGAACUCAAAUCUUAAAUGCUCAAGUGGCCAUUGGCCAGCAGAGUGUACAAGAUCUAGCAACUGGAGUCAUUAAGAGUGAAAACGUUUACUAG